CUAAUUUUUCUGGUACAAAGCUCAAUGCUGUACAGAACAAAGUAUAAGCUGUAAAGUAAAUAACAAAUUUUUUUCAUAAAACAUUGCAUUAUGAGCGCGCAAAAAAAUGAAACUUUAGUUUCUGUUUACGUCAUUUUAUAAUUUUUUCAUUUAUCUCCGAAAUGAAAUUACCAAACAGAGGUAUAUUUCAGUUCCCCUAUUCCCUUUUUUUUCAGAUUUUUUAUUUCCCCCAGUUUUAUUGGCCAAUGGUUACAAAGGCAAGGCCAAUACCAUCUUCUGAACAAGCAGAAACAUCUUCUGAACAAGCAGGAAGAUCUGACAGUGACAUUCGCGGCAACGAGACAGGGUUUCAUCUGAUGUUAACGGUUGAGCAGAAAGAGUACAUCGAAAGAGGUAAGUCCAGACGCAAAAAUUUUUGCCAGUUUUCCCGUUAUUACUUUGAGCCAAUUAUGCUACCCCCGGUUCCAAACCAAACACGAAUUGACGUUUAUCCUAACGAAAUAGAAAAAAAAUCAAACAACACUCCAGUAUCAGCAGUAUCGAAAGAACAAACUAUAAGAAAAAACACGAAACAAAAAAAGAAAGAGCAAUCUCCCGAUCCCAAAUCACCAGCAAAAGUUAGAGAUGAAAUAGUACAACGGGGUCAGUACGAGGGUGAAGUAAUAGUUUACCGAGCACUUGAAGAGCUAGAGGAAAAACUUAUUUGUCUGCACUCUUUCGAAUAUACAGCUCAUCAGUUCAAUUUGUGGAGUAUGAACGACAAAAGAGAGAACGAGAAAGAACACGACUUCAUUAUCCUCGGUGAGACCUUCAUAGCAGUGAUUGAAGUUAAAACUCCGACGAAUGAAAACAACUUAGACGAAAAUUUGAAGAAAGCCGUAGAACAAUCUCAAGCCGCAAAACAACUAAUUGAAAAUGUAGCUUCUACAAUUAAUCAAAAAAUCACUCCAAACGUUUUUCGCUUCGUUGCAUUCCCAUAUCACAGAACUGAUGCUCUCAUUCUAAAAGCUGGAACACUUGCUUAUCAAAUGAAAACAGACAAUUUAAAGGAAUACUUUAUUGAACAAGGUUCGAGUCAUAUUGCUUUGAUAAGCAUGCCAGAAGAAGCCGAAAAACAGGAUAAAGUCCAAAAAGCAAAGCAAGCGCAGUUAAAAUCCGAUCAUGUUAUGCUAAUAUGUGAGGAUAACUUGGAUUUCACGAAAUGGUGGCAAACAAAAACUGCGUGUCCCGAACUACCUGAGUCACACUGGAUGUUGCAGCCAUUCAGAAGGCAUUUAACUUUAGCGCGAUAUUUAUUGUUCAAUUGUCUACAAUAUUUAUCAACUACAUUAAAAACAAGGUUCAAGAAAGCAAAGCUCACCACAACAGACAUUACGAUGCUCCACGAAAUUUUGAUAGCCAUUUGGGACAUGGGAUCACUAGAGCAAAAGCUUCCAGGAGAAGCUAAAUUUGAACUGGGCAAUUGGAUAGCCAAAAUUGACAAGCAACUGAAAGAUGGUCGAAUCACAUUUGAGAGAACCAACGCAAAACAAAAAGAAGACAUGAGAAAUCAAGACAUAAUAGAGACAAAAUACCACCCUGAUUUCAUUUUUGCAUUUCCGAAACCAGAUGAUCCUGAGUUCAAAAUCAACUUAUUUUAUGAUAUAUUGCAUUUAAAUUACUUGCAACGCGAUCAAUAUGAAGCUUUUCAAGAUAAUGACAACAACCAGAUAUUUUUCCCAUUGAAGGGAGCUGCUGGAACAGGAAAAACGUUAGUCCUUUUAGCGAAGUUGUUCAGAUUUGUCCUACAAGACGAAAAAAAUAAAGCUUUUUUUGUCCAUAACACUGAGAAGUAUGCGUUUUCGGAUGACUACAAUACACCAGUCGAAAGAGCUAUGCUCGAAUUUCAAAAAUUAACUGGCAUUACCUUCUGCGAUUAUCUAAAGGAAAUCAAAGCAGGCUGUGAGUUUGACGAGACCUGUAGACAUCAAAUAUUUCUGAUGAUAUAUCCGCAACAGUAUGCAAUCAAAAAAUUUCUCAGCGAUUCUUCAAGUAACAUCGAAAUUUUUUUCGACGAUUUACAGGAAACCAACAAAAUUGAUCUCAAAGAAAAGUUUAAUUCGGAAUUGUGCAUGCCCAGAAAGCAUGUUGUGUUUAAUGUUACACAGUCAGAUUCGUCAUAUCAAAGUUUAUGUCAUUUUUAUAAGCUGUUCGACAAUGCCAGAACUUUACGAAGGAAUUUUCGCAACACGGCAGAUGUCUCAGACACACUUCAAUCAAUUCUUGGAAUUUUGAAAGAAUCUUCAAAAGUCAAAUAUGACCCUCAGGAGAGAGGCCAUUUCAUUCAUGGUCCACGUGUAACCAUAGAUUUAAUGACUUUCCACAAAAAAGAAAAACUUGAACAUCAAAUAUGCGAGGCAACGAGAAAACCACAAGCGUUUUCAAUUUGGCUGGAAGAUUUGGAAAAGUUGGCCAAAAUCAAAGGUAUAAGCACACAUUUGAUGUCAACCGCUAUAUAUGAUUCAUUGAUCGCAGAUAAAUUACAUCACUGCUUUGGAGAUAGAUCGAACAUUGCAUCAACUGAGUUCUCUAUUGUUGAGUUCUCAACUGCGUUCAAUGAGUUACAUGCUUAUUCGCCUAUUCCAUCGAACCGAGGUUAUAUUGAUCCUUCGGAUUUUAAUAAGUUCCUGCGUGAUUUGUACACUGCUGUGUCCAGAGCUAGAGUUUAUUGCAGAGUUUUUAUUAUAAACCUCGAUUUGUUGAACGAUCGUGAUGAAUUACUUGAACUUGAACGACCAGAUAAUAACUCUUCAAAUUCAUCAUCAAGUUACACCGACAUUUUGCAGAAAUUUCUACACGAAUUUGAACGAAAAAAUUGGAUUCAUGUAGCAGGGGACCGAGAUAAUUUGGAAUUGCGAGACAGAUUAAGAGGCCCGAGGAUCCGAAGACUUAAAUUUCAAGUUCAGAAGAGUAACGGUAGGGUACAGAUAAUCACACCACUUCCACGCCAGCAAGUUAUAGAGUAUGCACUAAGAAAUCCUGGUCUUAGACAAAAUUCUCCCGACGAGCCGACACAGGAUGAUUUUAAAUCACUAGUACCAUUCUUAUACACGCUAAUUUCAGAUGUAAAAUAACCUUCAGACUCGAUGUCAACCUCUCUUAGUCAUCAACCAAAUAGAGAAAAUUGGCGAUAAACAAAUCUUUGCAAAUUGAAUUGAACACGAAACGAAUUUUUGAAAAGUUUUUUUUUCGCUUAGCACCUCAAAUAAAUCAUUUUACGACUAUGGCGCUACUAUUUUUGAUAUCAAAUAACAUCUCACUUCAUAAUGAAUAAUCACUGAAAUGUUGAAAUUUAAAAAUAAUUGUUUUAACGUAUCAAAAGUGAUGUCCCUAUCUCUCCACAAUUAGAUUUAUCUCAAAAUCGUGUUCUUAACUCAAACUGCUUUUAAAGUGCAUUUCUCAACAUACUUGAUGAAAAAUUGAUCCUUUAUAAAAUAAUAAAAUAUGAUGCUUGUUUUUUCAAUUCUGUCUUUGCCUCAUACAUAUUCCUGAAGUUCGAUGCUUCAACUCUCAGUAACUAUUUUUACAGCUAACGGCUAUUUAUUUAACGGCUUCCAUUUAAAUCUAGCGUGAUAUUGCGUCGGUGGUUAUUAUAAAUGAUUGCAUAGCUUCUCAAAUUGGAAGAGUUGACUAUAAAAUGAUGCUGAAGCAUCGAAUUUCUCUAAGGUUGAGUUUAUUUUGAUUCCACUUGAAACUUAACUAGUGCUAAACCGAUCAAAUCUUGCUCAAACAGAUUACAUUUAAAUCAUUCAAUUGAUGCUCAAAAUAAAUAAAUAGUGUUUAUUUUCAAAAGUAUUCUGUUAAAACACACCUCUGGCUUCUCGUUUCUCACAGCGUGCAUUUUUGCUGAUAAUUCUUUUUAUAAUCUAACAAAACGCAGCUCAAUUUUCGCAGAGCGUGUUAUUUCUGCUUUCUUUUGAAUGAAAAAAAUUUAUAUCUAACAAAUAAUGCUUUUAUAAAAAGGUGUUUAAUCAUU